AUGUCUCGGAGGAAGAUCUCGUCCGAGUCCUUCAGCUCGCUGGGCUCCGACUACCUGGAGACCAGCCCCGAGGACGACGGGGAGUGCCCCCUGUCCAGGCUCUGCUGGAACGGCAGCCGGAGCCCGCCCGGGCCGCCCGAGCCCCGCGCGGCCGCCGCCGUCGCCCCAGCCCCGGCCGCCGCCUCCUCCGCCGCCGCCGCCGCUGCUGCCGCCGCCGCCGCCACGGCCGGGGCCAGGAGGGCGCAGCGCCGGAGGCGGGUCAACCUGGACUCGCUGGGCGAGAGCAUCAGCCGCCUCACGGCGCCCUCGCCUCAAACGAUACAGCAGACUCUCAAGAGGACCCUGCAGUAUUACGAGCACCAAGUUAUUGGUUACAGGGAUGCAGAAAGGAAUUUCCACAGUAUCUCUAACAGAUGGUCCUAUGCAGACCAUUCCAGCAAAGAGGAAGUCGAAGACGUCUCCGGAAUCCUUCAGUGCACCGCUAACAUGCUCGGUUUGAAGUUUGAGGAAAUCCAAGAGAGAUUUGGCGAGGAGUUCUUCACUGUAUGCUUCGAUGAGAAUGAGCGAGUCCUUCGAGCUGUGGGCGGCACCUUGCAGGAUUUCUUUAACGGCUUUGACGCCUUGUUGGAACACAUUAGAACUUCUUUUGGAAAACAGGCCACGCUGGAGUCGCCGUCGUUCCUGUGCAGGGAGCUCCCCGACAGUGCCCUGAUGCUGCACUAUUUCCACCCCCACCACACCGUGGGGUUCGCGAUGCUGGGGAUGAUCAAGGCCGCAGCCAAGAAGAUCUACCGGCUGGACGUGGCUGUGGAGCGGGUGGCCGCUGAGAAGCUGGGCUCGGACGCUUCGACCCCCGGCAACUGCAGCUGUCUUACCUUCCUUAUCAAAGAACGGGAAAACACCAACGUCCCGAAGAACCUUCCCCAGGGUUCCUCCCACGUGCCUGCGGACCUCAGAAUCAGCAUCAGCACCUUCUGCAGAGCUUUCCCCUUCCACCUGAUGUUUGACCCACACAUGUCCGUCCUCCAGCUGGGGGAAGGCCUGCGGAAACAGCUGCGGUGCGACACUCAUAAAAUGCUCCAGUUCCAGGACUGCUUCGAGAUCGUGUCCCCGCGGGUGCAGGCCGCCUUCGACAGGGUCCUGCUGCGCCUGUCCACCCCCUUCGUGAUCAGGACCAAGCCCGAGGCUUGUGGCACUGAGAACAAAGAUAAGGUGAUGGAAGUCAAAGGACAGAUGAUCCACGUCCCGGAGUCCAACUCCAUCUUGUUCUUGGGCUCCCCGUGCGUGGACAAGCUGGACGAGCUCAUGGGCCGGGGGCUGCAUCUCUCCGACAUCCCGAUCCACGACGCCACCCGAGACGUCAUUCUGGUUGGCGAGCAGGCAAAGGCCCAGGACGGCUUGAAGAAGAGGAUGGAUAAAUUAAAGGCAACUUUGGAAAGAACUCAUCAGGCCCUGGAAGAAGAAAAAAAGAAAACAGUCGAUCUUCUAUAUUCUAUUUUCCCCGGUGACGUCGCCCAGCUCUUGUGGCAAGGACAGCAGGUGCAGGCGAGGAAGUUUGACGAUGUCACCAUGCUCUUCUCGGACAUUGUUGGCUUCACGGCCAUCUGUGCCCAGUGUACCCCCAUGCAGGUGAUCAGCAUGCUGAAUGAGCUGUACACCAGGUUCGACCACCAGUGUGGAUUUUUGGAUAUUUAUAAGGUGGAAACAAUAGGUGAUGCCUACUGUGUUGCUGCAGGACUCCACCGGAAAAGCCUCUGCCACGCCAAGCCCAUUGCUCUGAUGGCCCUCAAGAUGAUGGAGCUUUCAGAAGAGGUGCUGACACCUGAUGGAAGACCAAUUCAGAUGAGGAUAGGCAUUCACUCGGGUUCUGUGCUCGCUGGAGUUGUUGGAGUGAGAAUGCCACGAUAUUGCCUGUUUGGAAAUAAUGUCACUCUGGCAAGCAAAUUUGAAUCAGGAAGUCACCCUCGGCGCAUCAAUGUCAGCCCCACCACUUACCAAUUAUUAAAACGGGAAGAGAGUUUCACAUUCAUCCCUCGGUCCCGUGAAGAGCUUCCUGAUAACUUUCCAAAGGAAAUCCCUGGGAUCUGCUAUUUCCUGGAGGUAAGGACUGGUCCUAAGCAGCCAAAGCCUUCUCUUUCCUCCUCGAGGAUAAAAAAAGUUUCCUACAACAUUGGCACCAUGUUCCUCCGGGAGACAAGCCUCUGAGACCUACUGCAGAUCAAAGACUCCUCCAAAAAGCACAAGCCCAGAACACGGGUCAUGACGGGAGAGUAGAACGAGAUGGUUUCUCUUCCACGACUUGCCUGAGAACAAGCAGCAGAAUUUCUGUGCUGUGUGAGGCAAUAAUCCUAGAACAAGGUGGAUAAUGACUGUCAGUUAAAAAAACAAAAAAAAAUGGAAGGGGGGUAAUGAGAUGUGUCCAUCCCUGUGAGUGUUUUUGGUCAUAUAUAUAUAUAUACACACACAUACUCAUAUAUAUAUAUCUAUAUUUUAAGUAGGGGCCCCCUUUCAAAACUAAUAAAUAGAUUCUGUGUUUCUUGUUUGUCACACAUACAGGUAUCUUCCCCCAUUUAUCUAGAUCACUUUUGAGAGCCAGUUUUGAGGAUAUAGUCCUCCGUUUAGUGAUUUGGUAUGUGAGGACUAUUUUCUAAUUUUGUUUUUCUGAACAGACAUUUCAUACACAUCAUGGCAGUGUGGUUGUCUUCCCAGCAGGAAGAACUCUAACUCAGCAAAAUAUUUUAGGGAUAUUACCUAUUUUUCUACAUCUCUCUUCUCCUAGAUAAUUACAUUUCACACAACAUUACUCCAUUUUCCGAAUCUGCUACUGUGUAGUUGGUGUCUUAUGUAACUGUAACCUACUAAUCAAAUAGAGUUUCACUCGUUUAGACAGAUGGGUGCUCGGACGGGGCAUACACAUAACCAGGGACUGCAGAUGCCGAGAAAGCAUUGUCUGUCUGCUUAGCAAAUCUUUUUGAUUUCUUUUAGAUAUCUUUAGAUAUCUUUUUGAUAUCUUUUAGAUUUAAUUAAUGUAGCAUGGAAUCCAGAGGAAAUAGUAUUUCCCAAUAAGAGAUUCAUCUGUAACUAGAAUUACAGGAAAGUCUUGCUGCCAUCUUCUAACAAAUGUCAUAUAAAACAAAAUGCUUUGCUGCACUGGACCCUUUCUAACGGAGCACUUGCAAAAUAGGUACCUUGUACGAUGUACUCAGCUAUAUUCUAAUAAACCGCGUCCCCCUCCCGUGGCUCGUUACUCUUCCCCCACCUCUGCCCACUCUGCCCGCCGGAUGCCUCCUGAGGGCUACUUGCCACUCUGGGAGAAAACUGCCAGAUGCUGGCAUUAGGGAGAAAGAGGUUGUAGGCUGUUUGCCAAGAACGUUAUUUCUUCUUGCAAAAUAAGGGGUGGGGGGAACCCUGUGUUUUAUGGCUUUGAGAUUAAAAAAAUAAUAGUAAUUCUUUUCUUCUGCAGUUUGAUUGAUGUGGCUCUUAAAUUCAGUGAAUCACCUUCAUGAACCUCUUAAAUUCAUGAAUCACCUCCAGACCUACUAAAGUAGGUCUGUCCCCUAGGCCCCGUCAUCGCCAUAGUGACAGACAGGCUUCCAUCACGUGUGGUCCUAAAAUGAAGAUCUGUUCCCGCUAAUUAGCACUGCAUGAAAAUAUUAUCACAGGCUCCCCCUGAAAUCUGGAGCACAGUACAUCCAGAGUUUUCCUAUUUUGGAUCUAAUAUAAAACCCAAGUUUCUGCUCAGGAUAAUGAACUGGAAAUCAAUGUGUUUCCCUGAAACCUUGGAGUGGCCGUUUUCCUCCAAACGGUGUACUCAUUGACAGCUUACGUCUGCUGAACGUGACUGAGAGAUUCCUCUGGGCAGGCACGGGGGCUGCGUUAGGAUUCAUUCAUGCCGCAACUCAGCUACGGAGCGUAUUAAUAGUGUCCAGUGUAGCCUGGGAGGCUGACUAGUGCUUUUAAGUUCUCUAAGUGUGUAGCUAGAAAACAUUUAUAGAUACAUAAAGUAUUUGUUAUAAUGGUGAUCUCUUCUAUAAUUGCUGAACUGUUUUCACCCCAAGGCUCAUGAGGAUGCUAGUGCCACACAUAGUGUGGAGAUGGGAUCUAGAACCUGAGCUUUCUGAAGCCUCAUCUGCCUCCCUCCUCCUUGGGUCUAGGUCUCUGUUUUUAACAACACGGGGGGCCAGAAGGCCAGUGUGUUCAUUUGAGGGGAGUUUUAAAGACUGGGGACAGGGUGCUCUAAUGGGGGUAGUUACAAAGGAAUUUCUUCAGGGACUGGGCAAUUAACCCACUCCCUUCCCAGGGAAGAAGGGGGAGGUUCCCAGUUACUGUGAACGGAACAGGCCGGGCACACCUCAGUCCUCGUGCUGAAGACAGACCACACUUCAGCUGUGUAUUCUGUUACAGCCCAGGAGCAUGGGGGAGAAAACCAAGCUUCACGGAAGUAAUUUAUACUUAUUCUGCAUAGGAAUUUAGAGGUUAUUAUGAUAAACUAAAUCAAUCCAUUUUUGGUGGUAAGCUAUGUGUUUCGUAACCGUAAGACUGCAAGGGACUUCCAGUAAUCAUCCGACCUAUUUCUCCGCUUUUCGUGAGGAUUUGUCUAAGCAACUAUUCUAGAUAGAUGAUCUUUCUCUCUAUACUUAAGAAUAUCUGUGGGAAGCAUAUUUUUAAAACAUCGCUGGAAACCCACUUCAUUACCCAGUCAUUUGUAAUAGGGCCCAAGACACGAAUUGUAUAUAUGUUCAAUUUGUCGAAGGAAUAAAAAACUCUCUUAGUUUAUAUGGCUCUACUUAGACAAGAAGUAGCCAUUUACAUUGUCACAAAUGUCACCAUGAAAAAUACACCAGAGAUCUAUUAUAUAUCGUAGGCUGUAGACUACACUUUUCAAACAAUGUAAUCUAAAUAUAUCUUGGAAGCUAUAGUCUGAGGCAACAGUCUAGUCUGCUGCCAUUUUGCCAACCUACUACUGUUGAUUAUUAGUUACACUAUUGCUAUGUGAUUGCAAGUUACUGCAGACAAUGGCUUUUCAUGCUAGCUGCGCUCGUAGAAGUUAGAAGCUGUGAAAAACUAUUACAUUAUUUGUCCUACAUAAUACAGUCUACAUAUCCUCCAUUUAGGAAUUGUCACUGCAACAUUGGGUCAUAGUAUUUCAGCUAAUAUCUGUACAGUAUUCUUACCUAAAAAUGAUCGCAAACAUCAUACAUUUUAGUGUGGCAGUUUAAAAAGGAUGUAAAUGGAUGUUCUAUUAUAAAUCAAGUGGUAUUAAAUUAGGGAAAUGGCUUUAACCCACUCUGAAAGGGUUACAUUAAAAUAGAAUCCAGCACUUACAGCUCCUCUGUUUAGUAUUUUUUGAGGCAACUAACCUGAAGUCACUUUAAGACUAGGCAUGGGUAUGAGAGAUUCACAUCGGCAUCAGUGUUAUUUUGAUAGAAACAAAGUCAUUUGGAAAUAAAUCAGUUACCUCCAUGUGUACCUCCAGGGAGCACACAGUAUGCACCUUGGGGACCUUAAUAAAUAAGUCACAUUAGCCAUAAUGAAAAGAAUACUUCUCAAUGCCUGUAGAACACAUGUCUUUGGGGAAGAAGAUCAAGCUUCUAUGUAACAGGUGACCAAACUGUCUAAAACCUGCCCCAAUACGCAUGUCUUCUACUUUAAAUUAUUUUGGAUUUCCCUUUUAAUAUAUGACCCUGUGGAGUCCAUGAGCCAUGCCCUAAAUGACUCUGAUUCAAUGCUUCAGAGGGGAAUUGUCACGGCCCCACGCCUGGUUCUCUUGCCCAGGGUUAACAGUAUCAAGAGACACGGCGUUCUGUGGUUCAAGUGCAAAGUGUACCUCUCCAGGACACACAGAGUAAAGCAAGGCAACAGCUUAGACAAAACCUCAUUCACAAGUGCAGCGAGGCUUUCAGUUUUGCAAAACGCGCCAAAGAUUUCCAGCAAUAAAGCCAAAUUAAGUUGACUGAUGCAUACAAAGGGCAAAGGCGCAGGGUUUGGAAAACCACCAGGCUCUGUGUUUUGUACAGAAAUAUUGCUACCAAUUGAAAUCACGUAUUUGAGUUGUGAGAUAUCAAAGAGGAUCUCAAGAUCCAGACUGUCAUUAAAUACAUUCACCGAAGGCCCCGGGUGUCCUGCUUGCUGAGGGCAGGUGUUACGGAUCAUUAGGGCAGAGAAUAAAACUUGUACCGUAGCUUUCCGUCUUAUCACGCAUUCUGAGCACGACUGAGCUCUUGCCCAGCCCAUCUGCGCCACACCGUCAGUGGAAACCCUCUCUCUCAAACCUCCCCAGCAAACACUAGCCUCUCCACACCUCCGAACCUCACAUGGCCACAGCGAGAGUGGCUGAUGCCUGUCUCAGACAGGGACACCCACCCAACCCCAGGCCCGAGUGACAGCGCACCUCGGAAGUGAACUAACCGUUCCCAGCUGUGCUGGGGCCUGUUACCAUCCACAGCUUUUCCCUGUGCUUUUUCUCCCCCAAACACUCCAACUCCAAGCACUUGGUGUAGCUUUAACAAAAAUUCAUUCAAAAGGAACUACACAUGACCCUGAAGAGGCUUUGGGCAACAACAGAAGCCUUUUAGCCAACAAUACCCAGAAACCCAAGUCCAAGAGCCAAGAACCAAUCAAUUGCAACCUAGGUAUUAUUAGGUUCGAGAUCCUCAGCUACAAAAAUCAUGUAAUUUCUGUAAGCAUAUCCUACCAGAUACAGCGGGAAAAACAUGGUGCAUGAGACACUGAGUAACGAGAAUUUUACCUAUGACCUCCAGCACAGCAGUCCCUUAUGGGCAGCUCUGGGAUGCAACACUUCACUCGCAAGCAGCUGAUUUCCUGUCUGCACAAACGGAGUUGCCGUGACUGAACUAGCUCUACUGUUUCAUGGGUACUGCGGCCCCAGCACUGGACUCAGGGUGAGGGCCCGCGAGGUGGUGAAGUACAGACCCUGAUACUAUACCAGAUGAACAGGAAUCUGGUCAGAAUAUACCAAGAUAGUGUGCAAAAUUCCUUCCUCAUACUUGAAACCUAACUAUUGUCUUGCCGCUCCUCUGUUUCCUUCCUCUGUUCCUUUUUUCCUUUCAUAAAGAAAAAAAAAAAAAAGCCAGUGAUAGUCAAUCUCACACUGUAAAAUAGCUCGUUUUAUAAAGUAAUGAAUCCUCGUUGUGGGGUGGGGGGGUCAGGAUGUGUGUGUGUGUGUGUGUGUGCUGUAUGUAGAUAUUACAUGAUUAAAAGGAGGGACAUCUUGGAAGGACCUGGAAUGUCAGGAAGUGAAGUUUGCAUUUUUAUUUCCAAUACGUCGUGACUGGAACACAACUUCAGUUGAGGGCUUCACUGCAUUCCUCUCCGAGUAAGAAAUGCUCCCGUCCAACGGUUCAGCUCAUCAUCGUGGCGGGAUCCGGCUGCCUGUGAUCGAGGUACCCAGGAAGCCUUCCAAAGUACAAACUGCCGAGCUCCCGCGCUGGCCCAGAUUUGGGCUCAGUGGGUAGCAGGUGUGGCCUCGGCAUUGUAUUUAGAAAACCACUCUAGGUAAUGAGAAUAGAAAGCCAGAUUGGGGCAUCACUGAAGAGUGUAUUCCAAUAACCAAUCACCAGGAAUAAGUACAAGUUGACUAAGAGAGUCGUGUAUUAUUUCAUCUGUGGUUAUUUUGGAAAGCUAAGUGUUUUGGGCUUUGUAGCAUUAUUUCUUUCACAAGUCUUAAUUUUAGCGUUGGUCUUAAAUUUACAGUCUGCUUUUGGAGCAGGAGACUUCCAACUUAUUAGAAACAGAAGUCAGCACGAAUAAGCAGGAGGGAGGAACACUGCUCACUAUAGGGCUCUCAGGUACAGUGGACCCAGUCCCCUUUGCUGAGUUACCGCCGGAGCUGUCCGUAUCCCACUGUACUUGCUGAUCUGCCCCACCAGGCUGCGAACUACACACUAUUGGACACAGCAUGAUUUCUGAAUGAUCUGUUUUUAUGUUGUCAAGAAAUCACUAGCUUAAUACUUAGCCUCACAUUGUACUUUUCACAUUGAAUUGCACACUCAUCUAAAAAUGAUUUCCUAGCAAUACUUUAAAACAAACUUUCAAGCAAUAAUUUAAGCCAUGGUAUGAGGCCGUAUGAAACCUGUGCUUCUGUGCACUUCAUGGAACCUUUAGGGAAAUAGAGGCAUAUUUUAUACAAGCAAUAAUAUAGCAGGUGUGGACUUCCAAAAGAAAUUCGCAACUCCAGCAAAAUGAGCGGCAGCAAGCGAAAACUUGGAUAAAAAUGACCCGUGCAAACGACAUGGUUCAUGCAUCUCAGAAGCUACUCAUUUGGACACAUGCUAUGAAGUCACAGACUCCCACCACGCUCUUUCUGUUGUAUGAUUUGAAAAAUACCUAUCAUAAUAGGAUUUCUAUUCCUCUGUGAAGAGAUCUGUGUAUGUAAUGUUGCCCAGGCUUUGGGAUCUUUGUAGAAUUGAACAGUGAGGAGUGUUUAAGGAUGGGUCCACGAGUGAAGGCGCAGCACAGGUUGGAUGAGGUGACUGAGAAUGUAGGCUUUGCAGAAAUAUGGAUGGAUCUUGGGAAAAGUGAAUUCAACUCUUGGUAAGGUCUUAGAAGAUGAAAGAGAGAUAAACUAGAUAAAAAAGUGCUCAUUGCUACUGUUUUCUGUGAUGGCAAAUACUUGGGAAGUAGAACAGUAUUUUGGCUCCUGAAUACGAUUGGCUGGAUGUCAUCUGAGGUAGAAUUAAUGCACAUCUGGAAACGAUCCUGUAGCCAUAUUGAAAAUAACCUGCCCUUCUCAACUCUCUUGAUGAAAGUAGUAAAGCUUCUACAUUUCAAAAUGAGUAAUUAACAUUUUUAGUCUUGAAAUGUAAUUUUUAAAAAAUGUGGAAUAGUCUAUAAUAAUCAGUCCUUUAAUAGUCAAAUUACUCCUCUAUCAUUUAGCAUAACGUACUAGGAUUACAGCUCAAGGCAGGUGGUAAACUCAUGUUCCGGUGAGGAACUUCUAAACACCAGGUUGUUAUUUAGCGAAGUCAUAUAAACUUAGGAUCCCCCAUUCCUAAACCUCUGAAUCGGCUUACAGCCCCUAUUACUGCCUUCUCUCACCGGGAAAACGCUCUUCUAGUCGUGAAUCCGAAUACAGUUGCAUUUCUAUUUGCUGCUACGUUACCUUCCUGUUAACCACUGCAAAACUUAAGGUAGCAUCCUUUUGCUCGCACUUUAGAAAAUCCCCCUGUAAAAAUCCAACAGGAUUGUUGAUUCCCCGAGAAAGUUUUUUUUGAUAAUUAUCUUUUUUGCAUAUCAUUGGAGGCUUAAUUCUUAAUAAACAUACUUCUCAUUGUGAAUAAACAGAAAAUACUUAAUUUGAACCUAUUAUAGUGACUCUUUUGAUGCACAAUUUAAAAAUAAAGGAAUCAGUUAAUAUUCA